CGCUGGUGCUGAUGCAGGAUGGCUGAGCUCGCAGGAGCCCGGGAGGUCUGAGCAGGGAGAGGCUGGCUCCCUGCGCAUCGCCUCGUCCGCCCGCCGCGUGGUCGUGGGCAGGUGGGCCCGGGGCGCAGCGCAGGGCCAGGGAAGGCAGGUCUGCAGCCGGCUGGGCCAAAGGUUAAUAGGCUGCCCACCUACAAGGUGUCGGAGCGGCCGGAGCUGCCCAGCCCGCCGAGUUCGCGAUGACCUGCUGAGAAGCGUCGCCUAGGCUGCGGGAGGCGGCCUUGUUGCGGGCGGUGCGGUUCUCAACCACUUUCCCUCGUUGUGCAGAACCGCGGCCCCCCACCCAUCCCUGCGCCCCCUCCCUGCCGCCGGCCGAGAUGGCGGAUCCAGCCGAAUGCAGCAUCAAAGUGAUGUGCCGGUUCCGGCCUCUAAACGAAGCAGAGAUCCUCCGCGGGGACAAAUUCAUCCCCAAAUUUAAAGGCGAGGAGACGGUGGUGAUCGGGCAAGGAAAGCCGUAUGUCUUCGACAGAGUGUUGCCUCCCAGCACGACUCAAGAGCAGGUUUACAACGCGUGUGCAAAGCAAAUUGUCAAAGAUGUCCUUGAGGGUUACAAUGGGACGAUUUUUGCAUAUGGACAGACCUCAUCAGGAAAAACACACACCAUGGAGGGGAAGCUACACGACCCUCAGCUCAUGGGCAUCAUUCCAAGGAUUGCGCAUGACAUCUUUGACCAUAUCUAUUCCAUGGAUGAGAACCUGGAGUUCCACAUCAAGGUUUCCUAUUUUGAGAUCUACCUGGACAAAAUCAGGGACUUACUUGACGUAUCCAAGACAAACUUGGCUGUUCAUGAAGAUAAAAAUAGAGUCCCGUACGUAAAGGGGUGCACCGAGCGGUUUGUGUCAAGCCCGGAGGAAGUCAUGGAUGUGAUAGAUGAAGGCAAAGCAAACCGCCACGUGGCUGUAACAAACAUGAAUGAACACAGCUCUAGAAGUCACAGUAUCUUCCUGAUUAAUAUUAAGCAAGAAAAUGUAGAGACUGAAAAAAAACUCAGUGGGAAGCUUUAUCUAGUUGAUUUGGCUGGGAGUGAAAAGGUCAGCAAAACUGGUGCCGAGGGAGCUGUUCUCGAUGAAGCUAAAAAUAUCAAUAAGUCUUUGUCUGCUCUUGGAAACGUGAUCUCUGCUCUGGCAGAAGGGACGAAAACACACGUGCCAUACCGGGACAGCAAGAUGACUCGGAUUCUUCAGGACUCUCUGGGUGGGAACUGUAGAACCACCAUCGUCAUUUGCUGUUCUCCCUCAGUCUUCAAUGAAGCUGAGACCAAGUCAACGCUCAUGUUUGGACAAAGGGCUAAGACCAUCAAGAAUACAGUCUCUGUGAACCUGGAACUGACAGCUGAAGAAUGGAAGAAGAAAUACGAAAAAGAGAAAGAGAAAAAUAAGACUUUGAAGAAUGUUAUCCAGCAUCUGGAGAUGGAGCUGAACAGAUGGAGAAAUGGAGAAGCUGUGCCUGAGGAAGAACAGAUCAGCGCUAAGGACCAGAAGACUCUAGAGCCCUGUGAUAACACCCCCAUCAUAGACAACAUUGCUCCCGUGGUUGCCGGCAUCUCUGCAGAGGAGAAGGAGAAGUACGAUGAGGAGAUCUCCAGUCUCUACCGACAACUGGAUGAUAAGGAUGAUGAAAUUAACCAACAGAGCCAGCUGGCUGAAAAGCUAAAGCAACAGAUGUUGGAUCAGGAUGAGCUUUUAGCUUCCACAAGAAGAGACUAUGAGAAGAUUCAGGAGGAGCUGACACGUCUCCAGAUUGAAAAUGAGGCAGCCAAAGAUGAGGUGAAAGAAGUUCUCCAAGCUCUGGAGGAGCUGGCUGUCAAUUAUGACCAGAAGUCACAGGAAGUGGAGGACAAGACCAGGGCCAACGAGCAGCUGACAGACGAGCUGGCCCAGAAAACGACUACACUGACAACCACACAGAGAGAACUGAGCCAGCUGCAGGAGCUGAGCAAUCAUCAGAAGAAAAGGGCCACCGAGAUCCUGAAUCUGCUGUUGAAGGAUUUGGGGGAGAUAGGAGGAAUCAUUGGUACCAACGACGUGAAGACUCUGGCAGAUGUGAACGGAGUCAUUGAGGAGGAAUUCACCAUGGCCCGGCUGUACAUCAGCAAGAUGAAGUCGGAGGUCAAGUCUCUGGUGAACCGCAGCAAACAGCUCGAGAGCGCCCAGAUGGACUCCAACAGGAAGAUGAAUGCCAGCGAGCGGGAGCUGGCAGCAUGCCAGCUGCUCAUCUCCCAGCACGAAGCCAAGAUUAAAUCCCUGACGGACUACAUGCAGAACAUGGAACAGAAGAGGAGACAGCUUGAAGAGUCCCAGGACUCGCUCAGUGAAGAGCUGGCCAAGCUCCGAGCCCAAGAAAAAAUGCACGAAGUCAGCUUCCAGGAUAAGGAAAAGGAGCAUCUGACCCGGCUUCAGGAUGCUGAGGAAAUGAAGAAGGCACUGGAGCAGCAGAUGGAGAGUCACAGGGAAGCUCAUCAGAAGCAGCUGUCCAGACUCCGGGAUGAAAUCGAGGAGAAGCAGAAAAUCAUCGAUGAGAUUCGGGAUUUGAAUCAGAAACUGCAACUAGAACAGGAGAAGCUCAGUUCUGAUUAUAACAAGCUGAAAAUAGAGGACCAAGAGAGAGAAAUGAAACUGGAAAAGCUCUUAUUGCUCAAUGAUAAAAGGGAGCAAGCCAGAGAGGACCUCAAAGGGCUGGAGGAGACAGUGUCUCGAGAACUGCAGACUCUGCAUAACCUCCGUAAACUCUUUGUCCAGGAUCUGACUGCGCGGGUUAAAAAAAGUGUAGAGCUGGACAGUGACGAUGGAGGAGGCAGUGCUGCCCAGAAGCAGAAAAUUUCCUUCCUGGAGAAUAACCUGGAGCAACUCACCAAGGUUCACAAACAGCUGGUCCGGGACAAUGCAGACCUGCGCUGUGAGCUGCCCAAGCUGGAGAAGCGCCUGCGCGCCACGGCCGAGCGUGUGAAGGCGCUGGAGAGCGCGCUGAAGGAGGCCAAGGAGAACGCCAUGCGGGACCGCAAGCGCUACCAGCAGGAGGUGGACCGCAUCAAGGAGGCCGUGCGAGCCAAGAACAUGGCCAGGAGGGCUCACUCGGCCCAGAUCGCCAAGCCCAUCCGCCCUGGACACUACCCUGCAUCAUCUCCAACGGCGGUCCACGCCAUCCGAGGGGGAGGAGGCGGCUCUUCAAACUCCACUCACCACCAGAAAUAAAUAUGAAAUAUGACUCCACGUAGCAUGUCAAGGACUACAUUAAUCACCAGUUCCUUUAUUUUUCUCCCUCCCACACAGUUUCCAUUUUCUUUUACACUUGCUUACCCCAGCCAUCUGCAGUACACCAGUUUCAGAUAUUUGAGCUGUAUAGAGUUUCUGUGUACAGAUGCGUGCUUGGACUUUUCUCAAGAAAUCUGAAGGGAACGCUGACAGAAGACCCACUUACUCCUGGGACCCAUUGCUCUGGCCUUGGGCCUGGGGCAUUGGGUGGUCCCUGGGUGGUUCUUAGAGACUCCUUUCUCGGCAGCCACGUCCCAGCAAACACCACUCCCUGAGGGGGAACAACCAAGUGCCGUGGAGGUGGGGACUCCCGCUCCACCACCACAACUGUCUGGUUUCCUGUAAAAUACACACAUUACUUUAUAUUUUUAGGGAACACAAAAAUGCUGCUAUAAGGGUUUGAAAUUUUCAUUCUGAACACUUUUCCAAAACAAGUCUCCCCAAAGAUGCAUUUUGAAUACCCUGGUCACAUCUUUGGAUCUGUAAAAUACACCUUUUAGUAUGGCACCCUUUAAAAUGCAAAGCAUAUUCAUUCAAGGCAGAAAAACAAUCUGACAGUAGCAAUGUAGACAGUGUUCACUCAGACACAUCUGUGUAAAUGCGAGAAGUCAUAGCAUUCACCUCUGGGCUGCUUGUUACUGAACCUGCAGUGACUAGUCUCAGCCAGCCCAGGUUAAAUAUCAUUCCUUCAGACAUGUUGAAAAUGCUGCAAAGUUGGAUGAGUGGAAAUGGGGCUGCCUCCCUCCUCACUGCCUUCUCCCUGAACACAGAAGCUCGCUUCGGGGAUGGCCUCUUCUCUAGGGAACCAUCGUAAGCCUGGUGGGGAUGCUGCUGAUGAAAUCCAGGAUUGUUCCAGCAGUUGAAAAGGAAACCCUAGAGGGAAAGUGACAUAUUUUUGUGCCUAUGAAUAAGUUGUUGUAUUAACCCAUCCUUGACUGUUUAGUUGAGUUCUCUCUUUGGCAGCAAAUAGAUAGGUUUCUCUUAGGUAGAAUUUGAAGAAAUCAGUGUGGAUGGAUUUUUCAGUUCAGCUAUCGUUUUAUUCAAAUUCGUGACUCUAAAGCUGAUUCAACUUUUAUUUCCAGUUGUGCUUAUUAAAAUGAUCGAUGUCCAAGUAGUAAAGUUUCCAGGGAAACUGACAAGGAUUCAGUUCAGUUAGUCUCAUGUGCUGCUACUUGUUUGGGUAAAUCUGAGGAUUAAGUCAAUGAUGACCAAACCCAUCUCAUUGAAAGAACUCAUCCUAUGCUUAUGGCGACCUGGGAUGAGUGAGCUGGUUCUAUCCCUGCUGUUUUCACCAUUGGAAUGAAAUUAUGCCAGGAGAGACAUGGUGCUUUCUCAUUGCUGGUGGGUGGGAGAUAGUUCGUGUGUGUGUGUGUGCGCAUGUGUGUGUAUAAAAAGCACUAAAGACCGAAUAGAUUUCCAAACUCUUGUGUAAAAUUUUCCUAACCAAGCAAAGCUGCUUUGACUUAAUUUAUUUGUUAAAUGUUGCACUUUAUGUGUAUUUUGUUUUGAGGGGCAGGUAGUAAGGCAAGAGAAGAGGAUGAAUUCCACUGAAGUAUUUAUUUCAUAAGAAUGACAAGUUUGCAUUCAUUUACAUUUUUAAAGCUUCUUGUGUUUGAUUUUUUUUUUUACAUUGUUGAUAGCGCUCCAGUGCUAUUUGCCAUCUGACAGAAAGAUCCUUGUAGAGCAGGUUUGACAAACCUUAUCAGAUAAUAAAUAACAUAUGCCAUAGAUUAUAACCUUGUUGUUAAUAUGGUUGCCUCUGAUUUUAGAAGCUAAAAUUGGUCCUUGAGAGGAUUGCCAGUUAAUAAAUGGUCAUAACCACUGUUGUGGUUAUGCUGUCUUAUGCAACUGUAUAACUCUAUGUUUGGAAAUUGGACAAAGGUGAGGAAUUCUUCCUUUUGGGUUUUCUUGGUAAUAGAUUAUUUUAGAUUCUUUACAAAGUCAUUUUUCCCUGGGCACCCGCUUUCUAAUUCUGAAGGGGUCUUUGACUCGUUCAUGUUUCUAAAAGAAACAUUCACUUGUAGUUCCUCUGUUAGGGAUUCACAAAAUUCAGUUCACUUUUAUUCACAGAGAAAGUUGGCUUUGAUGUCUCUUAAAGAUGAUUCUGCUAGUUGCUGAUCAGCCAGUCAGUUCACCUAGCUUCAGUCUUUACAGGACCUCUAAGCUAACUUUCCUACACUGUGACUAAAGGCAGAUCAUUGGAAUGGAUUAUGCAGUAUAAUCAAAUGAAUCCCUAAAUGUUACUUUGCUUAAUAAGGUAAUAUCAGGACCAUAUACUCUGUAGAAUCACUUUUGUUAAAAGCCGCAUUCAUGCAAUUUUCACUUUCUUAGACUACCUUUUUUACAUUUCUACUCUGGAUGUGAAAACUGCGUUUGUGGACGGUGGAGCCUGUGAUGAUAUUUUUUGGUUGUAUGCUGCUUUUUACUAGAGUGUGUAUGUAUGUGUGUGUGUGUCUCCUCUGUGAAUAAUUUUAUAUUUCAAGCUACUUCUUGAACUUUACUCUUUGAUGCUAAAAGGGAAUAACCAGAUGAUUUCUACAGAUAAUCUCUCCCUGCAGAAUGGUGGAUUGUUGAAUUAGAGGAAUGCUGUUUGGGAUAUCAACAUUUAUGGUUGGAGACAAAAAUAUAUUAAUGCCAAGUAGGUUUUGGUCAGUUACUGUAGACUUCUGUAUAAAUGCAUCAUCUCUUCCAAUGCUGUACAAUUUGCCUUGUGGAAUGGCAGGUAGUAGGGAAAACAAUAAGUGUGGAUUAAGACUUUAAAGGAAAUAGUAUUAUAUGAUUAAGAAAAUUAGAAUUCGUAGAAAUAUUGGGAUAAAUGAAGUAAAAAGGACUGGCUAGAAUGUAGCAUCUAGAGAGUUUUUGAAGCCCUACUUUCACAGGGGGAAGUGAUUUUCCUGUCCAAAGGCCAGACUAAGCCAUCCCCAAGACUCAAGGGGAGAUUAUCAUUUCUUUUUUCCUGGAGGAAUAACUGAAAGCAAAUAAAAAUUCGCAACAGUCUCCUUUUUGAAGUGUAUUUUUUAAGCCGGGCAGAAGACAUUUAGACUCUGCCUUUAUGACCCAGUAGGGAAGUUGUUUGUUGGCAGGGGGUAGGAGGUAGGGGACUGGGGUAAGAUUUCACUUCUAAGUUGUCUCACACUGCAUAUCUUAAGCGAGCUACGGGAACCGUCAUAGUCUAAAAUGCCUUCACUGAACGUUAACAGUUUAGACUUUUUAAAAAAUCUUGAAUAAGGUCAAGGUAACAGCUGAAGGAGGCACCAUUCCGUGAAGUCUGCUUACACAUUUACAAAUCUGUUCAUCAGUUUAAAAUAGUUUUCACCGUGUGUGGAUAUAAGGGGAAUAGGGCAAUUCUGUAGAAUUAUCCAUGUCUAGUUUGUAAAGUAUGUUGUGUGUACUGCAGAUGUGUGUUCUCUGGGCUUUAUGUAUUUGUACAGUAGCUUUCAUUAAAAAAAAAAAAAAAACUUGUGGAUGAAUUUGUUUUGGUGGUGUGAGGGGGAGAAUGGCAGUUUGUAUCGAAUUAUGAUGCUGUAAUAUAGUACAUGUAACAAAAGAGCUGGAAGUAACCCUCCCCUGGCCUAUGGACAAUUUUGGUUAUCUUCUAGGUUCUAAAAUGAAGAUCUAUGGAUACUCUGGCAGACUGCAUGUUGUAUAAUUUGAAAAAUACUAAAAGUGGAA